ACUGGCAUUCUGACGUGAUACACAGCAUGUGGAUGAUUUUGAACUGGUGUUGGCAGCCAGCAGGGACUGUUUGGAUGAAAAUUCUUGGGGGAGUCACGGAGUUUGUAGCCCAACACGUGCUGUCAAAGGACCUGAUCUAUUCUGAGACAGCCAAGGAAGUGAAUGUCAUAGAGAACAACACAAAGAGAAACUGAUUUUCUCACGUAAGGUAGAUAGACCUAUUUCAUCACUGAGGUUGUUUAAAAUCUGACUGAAAAUACUUAUGCAAAAAAUCUCUUCCUGUCCCAGCAAAGUGCACAGUGAAAAUGUGCAUUACUUUGUUCACUCCCUUACCUGGAAGGCUCUUCAGUUCACUUAUGGAUGUGAGGCUAGAAGGGAGUUCUUGGCAUUUGGUCACAAAUAUUUCAACCCUGAGAUAUCAAAAGGUACAGCUAACUAUGGGUGAUGAUUUCAGCAUAACAAGGAAGUGGGGGCUGGGAGGAGUAAAAUUCUCUGAUGAAAUAUUUUUAAGUGAUGCUUUGUCUGAACACGCUCCUGCAGUUUUCCAUCCUAGCUCUGAUCUUCAUUACUUGUCUUCAUAAUUUGGAUGAGAGGCCCUUGAGGUUUGUGCAACAAAGGUUUGGAAUGUGCACUGAAGUAAAUCUACAAUAUCUUUGCAGUCUCUGAAGGAAAAAAAAAAAAAAGGUAAAUCAUCAGCAGAAUGUAUGAUCUGCCAAGAUCAGUCCUGCUCUGUAUCAUAAAACAAAGUGAAUUUCAUUAACAUUCUUUAGACAAGAAAGCCUGUAAUGCUUCAGUUAUGGGCCAAAGAGCUGCAGGGAGUUGCUGCUUUUUUUUAUCUUUAAAGCAAGAAAGUAGAUGCAAAUUGACAGCUUCAGAAGGUUAAUGUGUGAAAGGUCUCUUUCUUUUCAAAGACAAAUCCACAAUGCUUUUUUAUCUUUUAUUGAUUAAGCAAUACUUGUUAAAUUAAUGCACCUUGCAACACUUCAAAAUCUCUCUCUUUUUCACACUUUUAAAAAGCAGCAAUUGGCUUUAACUUACUAGGGUACAUGUGAAUUUUGUCCUCCUGUUUGCAGAUCAGUGGUAACCGCCUUGCCAACUUGUUCUGUUGCACUGCACAGGACUAUUAAUGAUGUGUUGUGUAUUCAUAUGAAUGGAAUUUAUUUUGUGGUACCUACACUGCUGAGCAGCAGGAAUUUACUUUUGUUCUUCAUCCUUUCUGCUUCAGAGUAAUUUUGCUCUGAAGAAUAAUUACAAGUAAUAAUCUAGCCAAUCAAUGUAUUCUAUUUCCAAUUUUUAGUGUUUGAUUAACAGAGGGAAAAGAUUGGUGCUGACUGGUAUCACAGUUAGGUUUUUAAGUAUCUUUUAGGUUUGGGAGAGGGCUUUUCUUGUCUUGCUCCCUACCCCCCCCACCCCCCAACAACAAACUCGAGAGCAGUAAGCAAAACUUAGAUUCUGUUUGUUUGUUUUUUCCUACGUGAACUGGAGCAGUAGUGGAGAUCUCAAAAUCAAGCUGGCGAAAGAGAAUUCAGAGAGAAAGGCAGCAUAUAUAGGGAGCUUCAACUGAUAUGUGAAAGCAUUUGCUUGGCUCUAUCUCAUCCAAAGCUGCAGGUAAGAAUUCAGUGAAGUGUGCAUAACAAGCACAUAGCUCUCUUUAAUGGGUUUUUAAUGCUGAUGUAUUUGGUCCUCAUAAUCUUGCUUUGUAGGCAACAGUAAUGAUCGUAGCUCUUUCUAGGGAAGGCCCAUUUUGUAUCUGUUCCUGCUGGCAUGUAGAGUAACAGCAGCCAUCUUCCAUCAUCCUGAGUUCUCCCUGUGAGGUCACGGACUUGUCCCAAAUGUUUUUCAGUUCAUUAAAGUGUCAGUUUAGGAGUCCAGACAGUGCAUGGUUGUCCUUGGUGUUUAUGGUCUGUAUUCCUCCAGCUUGGUGUUGAAGAUCACUGAUGAUGAACAUUUGAUUGUAUCUGUAAAAACUUAUUUUGACAGUGCUGAGAUGUUUACAGCUGCUUGUAGCUGAGCUUAUUAGUGGCUUAGCCAUCAUUAGCUGCCAGCUGUGAAAAAUCACAUACCAUAAUGUGCAUCUUGCUAAAGCCUAGAAGAGUAUUCAUGAGAAGCAGCUGAGAACCUUAAAUCGUCUGAUUUUUGUCAACCUCUCUCUAAGUGCAAGGCUCUGCCUGAGUCUCCAGAGUGUGGCUAUCACAUAAAGUGAAAAAUAAAUCGUGCUAAUUACCAAAGCUAGUACCUGAAGUGAAGCUGUAAGCAGUUCAGAGCAUCUGAGAGAAAUCCGAGCUGAUCUGCUGGUAUCUUUUUGGUUUUGUCCUAUAGAAAGAAUGUGCUUAUCUUUGAUAGUGUAGCACCUUGCCAUAAUUCAUGUUGUAAGAAUGAUGUGCACCAUUUGGUCUGACGUGCAGUAAAAGUAAUCUUGGAGCUCCCCUGCACUGCAGUGCACUGUGAGUCCCACCCUUCCACUUUGGCAUCACCAAGUAUGUUAUUAUAAGCAUUUCAACAAUUGAAAUGUAAGCAAAUUCUGACUGUUGAAGACCAGUUGACAUUUAAUGAUUGAUUAACUCAGUGGCAUGAAUAGAAAGGGCUUAGGGAGGAAGGUGCAAGCUGCCCGAGACGUUUCCAUGAUGGACAGAGCUUAAAGUCAAGUAAAUGUGAAAUAAUUCUUUUCUUACUCAAGUGUGGGCAUGUUCCAACUCCCCUGCAGGAUGUGCUGUAAUGAUUUACUCUGCUGAAUUCCUGUGAAAGCAAUCCUUUGUAAUUUCAGAGCCUUGAUGCUGCGUUUAUAAAUGACCUGGCCCAAUAGAGUCAGCCGUUUGGCAGGGUUGUAUGUAGCUCACUUCUGAAGUGGAGAUUGUAAGUGGAAGGAUGAAGGGGUCAGGAAUUUCAUGUCUGUGUACACAGUUCUGUACAACCCAGAGUCUGUGGUUUACCUUGAAGCUCAGACCUUUCUUCAGCAUUCUGGGAUAUGAGGAAAUAGUACUGUAUGUAACUGGUUUGCGAGGGUUCUGAUGUUGUACCUGAAUCUCCCAACCGAUCUGAGAAUCACAGCACGGAGAAAGCCUUCAGCUAGCAGCAGGAGUAGGCAGGGGAGGUGGGCACAGCUGAACAGGGCAAGGUUCUGCAGAAGGAAGGCUUUUACAGGACCGCACUGCAGGCCAGGCAGAGCUAUUUGUACUUGCCGAGUCUCAGUGUAGUAUCGAGCAGCCGGAAUAACCUGCUUCCAAACUUCUUUUGCUGGGUGCUCCCUUCCUCUGUCCCAAUGCAAGGUGCUCCGCAGCCUGCGCUGCCUGCUGGCACGUCCUUCCGCAGCAGCCCCGCGCCUGGCUCCUCCCGCUCUCCUUAUAACGGCGUGGAUGCAGCCAGCGUUCUGCUCCAGCACUUCAUUUGCCUGCCCAUCGACGUGCUGCUGCUGGGACCCAGUCAGACAGACCAAGCUAGGAGAGGCUGAAGGAAUUGCUGAAGUUUUCUCUAAACGGUAACUAUUUCUGCUGCAAUGGACAAAGGACUUCACUUUAUGUUCAGUGUGGUUACAGCUGUGCUGCUCCUGAGAGAAUCAAGCCAGACAGGAGCAAUGAGGAAUGAUGAUGCUAUGAUUAAGGCCAAUGACUUGAGGGGACCAGAAGAGAACCUUCCAGCUUUGACUGUCACAACGAUCUUGGAAGAUCCUUAUGUCAUGGUGAGAAGUGCAGAACUGGAGGGGUACUGCAUUGAUUUGCUGAAAGCACUCGCUUCAAUGCUUCACUUCAGCUAUAAGGUGAAGGUGGUGGGAGAUGGGAAGUAUGGAGCCGUCUCUUCCAAUGGGAACUGGACAGGAAUGAUUGGAGAGAUUCUGAGACAGGAAGCAGACAUAGCAGUGGCACCCUUGACAGUCACAUCAGCAAGGGAAGAGGUAAUCUCCUUCACUACGCCAUUCCUGCAGACUGGCAUUGGAAUCUUGCUUCGAAAGGACACCAUCUCUCAGGAGAUGUCUUUCUUCCACUUCCUGGCUCCUUUCAGUAAGGAGACCUGGACUGGCCUCCUAUUUGCUUAUGUGCUGACGUGUGUCUGCCUCUUCCUUGUUGCCAGGCUGAGCCCUUAUGAAUGGAAUGAGCCAAAGAAUGAAGAGAAUCACUUCACCUUUUUAAACAGCCUCUGGUUUGGAGCAGGAGCGCUCACGUUGCAAGGUGUCACCCCUCGGCCCAAGGCGUUCUCUGUGCGGGUCAUCGCUGCCAUCUGGUGGCUCUUCACCAUAGCUUUGCUGGCUGCUUACAUCGCCAACUUCACCGCGCUCUUGAGCUCUGGCAGCGAGCAGCUCCCGAUCCAGACUUUUGAAGAUCUUGUGAAGCAAAGGAAGCUCGAGUUUGGGACACUGGAUGGCUCCUCCACUUUCUACUUCUUUAAGAACUCCAAGAAUCCCAUCCAUCAGAUGAUCUAUGAAUAUAUGGACAAGAAACGAGACCACGUUUUAGUCAAAACCUACCAGGAAGCAGUUCAACGUGUGAUGGAAUCCAAUUAUGCCUUCAUUGGUGAAUCCAUCUCUCAAGACCUUGCAGCCGCCAGGCACUGCAAUUUGAUCAGAGCCCCUGAAGUUAUUGGAGCCAGAGGAUUUGGCAUUGCCACUGCCCAGGCAUCCCCGUGGACUAAGAAGCUGUCAGUUGCUGUCCUCAAACUGCGCGAAUCGGGUGAUCUUGACUAUUUGCGUAACAAAUGGUGGGAGUCCAGCUGCCUUCACCAAAGCAGAGACAGAUGGAGCCCCCUGCAGCCCCAGGCUCUGGGUGGGCUCUUUCUUACUCUUGCAAUUGGCCUUGCAUUAGGAGUGAUUGCAGCUAUGGUGGAGCUGUCAAAUAAGAGCAGACAUGCUGCUGGACAUGUCAAGAAAUCUUGUUGCUCCAUUUUCACAGAAGAAAUGUGCACUCGUCUACGUAUAAAAGAAAAUACAAGACAAACCCAGGAGACUUCAGGGAGGGCUAAUGCUUAACAAAAAUUCUUAAGGAAUGGGCAUAUAUUGUGGUUCUACCAUCUAUAUGUCAUAGGAGCUACAUCACUGUAGGAAGAUAUUUUUCUGCAAGAGUAGAGUGUUAGUUUCCUAAUUACAAACACAGUACUUCUGGAUUGAUGGUGGAGCUGGUUAUAGAAAACCAAGCAGCUUGGAAGAAUUUAAAUUGAUAAGAGGGAGAGUGCAACUGCUAAAAUUGAGGGAGGUUAAGAUGGGUGAUCACAUCUAUAUUUAAUUUAGAAGUUUACCAUGUAAGUGCAGAAAUGCCUGCAGGAGUAAGUGACUUGGGAUAGGUUAAUAUGAAGCCUCUGCAUACUAAUUAUAGAAUGAGGUGCAAUCUUGAAAAUUAAAGCUUUUAUCUGACUCUUCUAAUCAAGAAUAACUGCUUAAGAUUUUAAUUUUAAAUAGAAUGUAUUUUUGCCUCCUUCUAGGCAAAUGAUAGUGAUCAGUGUGAAAGUAAUUUCUGAAUCAGAAAGGACAUUACUGAUGCAUCCAUCCCAAUAAUGCAGGAUUUAACUGUAUUCUACACAAAGGCCUAAAAUCUGAGAAAGGGAAGCCUUACAGUUAAGGAACUAGAUUUAAGAAAAGUCUGUUUUCCAUCAGAAGAUAUGUUUCCUUGUUUAGCUACAGAGGACAGUUUGUCUAGUUAACUUGACUAGGAACUAUUUAGGAAUAAGAUUCAUACUUUAAAUCCAAGAGCAAUAGAACAUGAACACUGGCAAACAAAAUCAAUUAAAGUAGAAAUUCAGUAGGCAAGGGUGAGUAAUGGGCAUUUUUUGUUAUUUUCUUGCUGUCAGAGUAGAAUCUUUGAAGUUAUGGGGAACGGUUACUUUGGUUACAUAUUAAAUAGUUUUCUAAUUAAGUUGUUUUUCAUUUCAGAGGUGGAAUGGCUGAUGCACGCACAGGCAGUUUUGCAAAUUCAGGGUUAAAUAACUGCAUUUACGUACUGCGCAGCUGAUGGAGCAGGGCACAAAUUCAGUUCCUUAGAAGUGGUUUUAACUGCACUGCAUGAACACAGAGACUAAUUCCUCUCUGUUCCAGCAUUAAAUAACAGAAAUUAACAUGUCUGUGACAGGGAUAGAGCUGGUUGUUCCUGAAUAAAGUGUUCAGAUUCACUCUGAAUGCAAUGCAGACUUAAACUUCUGAUUACUGCUAAGUAAUUUAGUAUGGAUGCAGCCUGCCUCUCCUCCUCCUCAGCUUGUUAAUAACAGUGGAAGCAGUAGGAGUUAAGAGUUCUUUAACUGUUGGUAGUGCUGUUCAGUUAUCUACUGUGUGCUCUCACAUUGUGACAGUUCUGUUUUAAAUGCAGCUGACAUAAAGUUCGUUAGAUUAGGAGGUGGAUCAGUCCCUCGACCAAAUUAACUGCAAAGAGCAUGAGACUGUUUAGGUAAGUUUAAAAGCUGACAUGGAAAAAUACAAUGUCAGGUUGACUUAGCACUUUAAAAACUAUUUGGUAUGUGCCAUGUCACUGCUGGCAGAGUAGGCAGAGAUGUAUAAAAAAAGUUUCAUUGACAUUUAAAUAUAUUUCUAUAUGAAUGUCUCACAGAACAAAAAAAUAAAGUCUUUUCAUCACAAAUACUGAAUCAUUAAAAUAAACACUUACCAAAAUAAACAAUGAGUGAUAUACAUAUA